GUAUCUCCCAGCAGUUUUAGGAAACUUUGACCAAUAUGAUAAUUGUUUACAUUUCAGUUUGUUGUGAUACUUUUCUGAGAUUAUAUUAUAGACAGCUGUGAAAAAUAUUGUAGGUGCACAUCCCAAAUUUAACUGAAGAAGAAAACAUGACUUCAUCUCAUACUGAAAAGAGCAAAGGAUGCCUGCUGAGUGGCCUCUGCUGGCUGCUGGGUGCUGGUCUCAAGGUGUCAGUGCUGGUGGUGUUGCUGGCCCUGCUGGCCUCAGUGCAUCAGCUCAGGACUGAUGCGGAUGAUGCUUCACUCAAGCUGGAAAUUGUUCAGAGGGAAUUGUUGGAUGCCACUACACAGAAGCAAGAGGCUUCUCAAGCAUUUACAAACCUACAGACAGAACUCAACCAGCUUCAGACGAACCUGGCAACCAGCCGGCAGCAGGCACAAGAUCUGCAGGUUCAGUUGAGUAAAAAGCUUGACUUGCAGCGAGAUCUUGAUCGGGCCUCUCAAGAAGCUAAAUCUGCCAAGCAGAAAGUGCUUGUGCUUGAACAGAAAAUUCAAGAGCUGGAGGCAGCAGAAAGAAUAAGGAAAUUGGAGGAAGAGAAAGGCCCACAAUCUUCUGCUGUUGUGCAGGCAUUGGAGAGUGAGAAGCAGCAACUGUUGAAGAAAGUUUCUGAUCUUGAGGUUGUGAUUGAACAAGGCUCUGUGAACACGAUUGCUGCUGCAGAGAAUGAAAAGAAAUUGACUGAAGAACUUAAGCAAACCUUAGCCAAGUUCGCCCAGUCUGAGAAGAAUAAUGAAAUGCUUCUCGCAAAAGCAAAGGGGCAGGAUAAAAAAAUAGAAGAACUCAGUGCUAAAAUCAAGCAACUUGAAGAUGCAAAAAAGAGCGGCGCCUCCGCAUCCCUGACCCUGAAGAAGCUCGUGUCGGAGAGGGACGAGGCUCAGCAGCGCUUGGACAUCGCCCUCAAGGAGAAGGAGCAACUGGGCAGUGUGAAAGCUGUUCUAGAAGAAAAACUCGUCAAGGUUCAAAAAGAAUUGGAGAAAGUCAGGAUUGAAACGCGACCUGAUUAUGAUGAUGUCAUCGAUAGGAGGGUUCUCAUCGACCAACGUGAUACUCUUCUUGCCGAGAAAACACAACUGAUGGAGCAGCUGCAGCAGUUGGCAGCGGCAGGGCAGCAGCCUAGCGACGGCGGAGACUGCACGGCAGCUGUCGCUCAGGAGAAGCUCAACACUCAAAAGCUUCUCGAAAUAGAAAGGAAAACUGUAGAGGUUAUGAAGAGUGACAUGGAACACACUGUCCGUUAUGUCGUUGAAGAUUUGGACAAAAAAGACCAACAAAUCAAUGAACUUACGCUUAAGCUGGUCGACGUCAAGAAGAAAUGGAUCGAGAGCGACCACGCCGCUUCGCAAAAAAUUCAAUCAAUGCAGACGGAAUUGGAGGAGUGUAAAACCUUAACAAAGGAAGCCUGCAAUCAAGGCGACAUCGCUGACGCUUGCGAUUGCUCUGACCUCGUGGCAUCUGAGAUUUCGUCCCGUAAUAAACUUGUUGAGCAAGAAUUGUCGGGGUAUAAGAAAGAGAAAAAAGACUUCGAGGCCGCGAUGCGGCAGAUGCUCCAGGAUCUGGACGUCAAAGAUGAUUUGAUCAAGACGCUCACCGCAAGAUUGGACGCGUCAGAGAAAAAAUAUCUUCAACAUCAGGAAGAUGUUAAUGCCGUAAAAGCGGAAGAGUGAGAUCUCGGGUCUCGUCAGUUUACAAACAGACCGACGGCGACAAUGUAAACGGUUGAUGACCUCUUAUAUCGCACAUCUGUUGCCGACGAACGUCCAGUAAUUUUGUCCAUUCAAUAUCCAUAUUGAGUUGAAUUGAGUGGAAGUGUAAUUGAGUGGAAUCCAUUG